AUGAUCCGCCCGGUCAAAGGCCUCGAGCCCUACCUCUACGAAUGUCUGGCCUCUAGCUUCCGUCAGGACUAUCCUAAGGAUAAGCUUACAAUCUAUUUUUGCGUUGCAACAAUAUGCGAUCCGGCAUAUCCGAUUUUGGAAAGGUUACUGGAGGACUUUCCAGACGCAGAUGCCCGGAUAUUCAUUGAGGAGGAAGAUGGGGACAUUGGCCAACUCGGUCCCAACCCGAAACUCAGGAAUAUGAGUCGUGCAUAUCACAAUGCUAAAAGCGAUAUCGUGUGGAUUGUGGAUUGUAAUGUGUGGGUAGGAAAGGGCGUCUGCGGUAGGAUGGUGGAUAGACUGUGUGGGAUCGUCGCGGACGAUGGCACCGUCUAUAAACAGUACAGAUUGGUCCAUCAGAUGCCCAUCGCGGUCGACGUAGGAAGCGAGGAGCAGGAAAUGCAUAAUUCGGAAGAGCCAAAUAUUUUGCCUCAUCAGGACUACAACGAUAUUACUCUCUCGAGGGCAACUACGGAGACAAGGAAUUACGAACAGGUAUCUUCCAUCUCAGCCGUGGGCGGAGGCCGCCUGGAGGAACUUUUCCUCUCUUCCUCCCACGCAAAAUUCUACUCCGCAAUCAACACCAUAGUCAUCGCCCCUUGCGUAGUUGGUAAAUCUACCAUGUUUCGCCGGUCACACCUGAACUACCUCACGUCCCCUUCUGUCUCAAAACCCCGCAGUGCUCAACAGCGACGACCGGGAAUCGACUACUUCUCCGACAACAUCUGUGAAGACUAUCUCAUAAGUGACUAUCUUUUCAAGGGGAAAUUCCAGGACAAAGCAGGCGAGAUAUGGGGUAGACAACGUUUGGUCUACGGUGACCUCGCCAUCCAACCCGUAACCAACAUGAGUGUCAAAGCCUAUAUCCACCGCCGUAUCCGCUGGCUCCGUGUUCGAAAAUUUACCGUUCUACUGGCAACCCUCGUCGAGCCGGGAACCGAAUCAUUCCUCUGCUCCACCUAUCUCGCGUUCGCUCUAACCACACUCCUGCCCCGUCUAUUCCCGCAAUAUUCAGGCUCUCUAAGUUCGUGGGGCACAUUCGCCGUAAUCUGGCUCAUCAGUAUCACCUACUGGGCUACCAUUGACUGGCUCUUGUAUAUAAAGCUGCAUUCCGCCGCCACCGUCGAAGUAGACGAGCACACGCCGCCCUUUGCGCUUCCACCGUCCAGAUUUCCGCGGCGUAGUAUUUUUGGCGCCAAGCGCCAGUUCCAUGAGUGGUUCCUUGCUUGGUUGGGCAGAGAGACAUUGGCUCUACCUAUAUGGCUCUGCGCUUUCUAUGGUGGAUCAACUGUUGUUUGGAAGGAUCACAAAUUCUCUGUUGGGAUGGAUCUGAUUGCGAAGGAGAUCAAGGGAAAAGAGCCUCAGAGCACCGACUCAAAGGGUAACGGUGUUCCUGGAGGCAGCAAUGGCACCACGGGACUACAUACCAAGAGCCGGAGGAGCGGCUACGUUGCUACUGGGUUAGUUCAGAGGACGAGGAUGUGCGGCAGCGGAUUAUCCUAA